AUGGCCUCAGUUUCAAAUUUACCACCGGAGCUGAUUGCUCACACCGUCAGCUUCCUGCAGACCGCGGACACGCACGACGUCUGCUUUACGUUUUCUUUGCAGGCUCCGAUUUUACAAUACGAUAGCCAAGGGCACGCGGGCGCCGUCAUUCCGCACGGGCCCUGCUGGCUCUGCCAGGCGACCGUGAACACGGUCGCGGGCGUCGACCUCAACAGCCUCACGACCCACGGGGACGCCACCGUCACGCUUCAGUUCGGCGGCCCGAAAAGCGAGCACCCCAGCGCGUGCUAUCUGCAGUUCCACUUCAACGAGAUCGAGAUAUGUGUGCGAGCGCAAAUCGCUCCGUUUCAACAGCUGCGGAUGGAGGGCGGCGAGUACGUUCAUGACUACUGUGGUUGCGGCAAGUGCGUCGAGGAAGAGACCGAGUUUUGUAGGCUUGUCGAUUUAGUCGAAAAAAGGUUCUUCGAAGCGGGACUGCGAGGACGUGAACUUGAGGAAGCUCUUGACCGGGAACUUGACCCGGUCUGGGAGAAAAUUUCUGCGUUUGGUUAUGCGGAGGGCGUUCGUUACCUCCGGACGACCUACGACAUCCCCCGCCGCCGAAGCGAUCGCGCUCAGCGCAAGAUCUGCUCGUUCUUCCCGCACAAGAACGGCCGCGCGCGCUGCUGGGGGUGCGGCUCAAAACACAAAUAA